GUGGAAGCUGGGGAGCGGCAGAAGCUUCUCACGGAGCAUGGGGUGGACUACAAACCGCAGAGACUUCCCCAGAAAGUGGUGGAGGCUGGGGCGGAGGUGGGUGGGGAUCGCCCAUCGCAAACCCAAACUCAAAUCUCGCCCAGGCCGCAUCUACUCCACCACACAACACUCACUAUGACCCUUCCAACCUUCCCAAUAUCUCGGGUGCUACGCCACACUCGGUCGAUGCAGACAAAAAUAUGGACGCCGAACACACCCCGCCACUUCGCACUCCACCGCCAUCCGCGAACUUACCAUCCAAACCGAGGUUCAAUGCUUUUACUCCGAGCCCUGUUCAGGACAAGGGCGAUUUGCGACCUCCGGUACUGCGGGGAAUCUGGAAUACCAGCGGUUCUCCGCCUACGCAACCUCGCAGCUUUGCCGGUGUUCCUUCUCAUCCUCGCAGUUUCAGUGGCACUCCGACUGGACCACGGUUGAAUCGACCUGGUCUACCUCCCAAUUCGUUCAUGGCGGCUACCGUUGAGAAGACGACUCCGAGAGGAGGAGGCCAAGAGGUCUGGGAGCAGCCUAGGGUCGGAGGUCAUAUCGUUCAAGCUGGCUUUGGCGGGGGCGGAGGUGAGGGUCUCAGUGGCACAGGUAGUGUUGCAGGAACUGGAGUCAACGCGGGGAUUCAAGAUGAUGGUUGGGGUUCUCGACGCCGUAGUGCACUUCAGGGCGGUAUGAUUCAGGAGAAACCUACCCAUCCAGACUCACCGAUCGACGAUGCACCUUGGAGCGGCCAACGAGGGCUUCCGUAUGAUGCCACACAGAAUGUCGACUUCACGGACACUGGUGUCUCAAUUCAGAUGGAUGCGGAAGGCGGGUUUGGCGAGAUUGAUCCAGGACAGCGCCCGAUCCCCAUAGCCUACUCUCCAGAUCUUUGUAGGGAAGGGAGUCAAAGUGGUUCACAGGACGUUGAGAUGGACGAAUCUGGUGUGGCGUCAUCUCGCC